AUUUUGUUUCAAUGUUAAGUGAUUUAUUAAUUUUUAAUUGUGUAAUUUUUUUUAAGCCUGUUUAAAAAAAUGGCAUUUGAUAAAUACAUUUAUCUAUUUAUUUUAUUAAUUAUUCUCAAAGAUAAUAGUGCUCAAAAACAAAGUAAAGUAUAUGAUAUUAGUAUAGGAGAAAUAAAAAAAUGUUGUACUGCAGAAGAUAAAACGUAUCCAUUACCUCCAAUGUAUUGUUUCCGUGGAAGUGACAAAAAAAUAUUGAACAUUUUUCAAACCAUUAAGGUUGAUUUAUUAAUAAGCAGAACUGAAGAUUUUGUUAUAUACCAAGCUCCUAAUUCUGAUUUGCUAGAAGAAAAAAUGUUGCUUGAUGAGAGUUCAUUAUCUUUUAAUAAAAUAAUCUCUUAUGUAUGGAGAAAAGAAAAUUUUAACCUAGAUCCAUUUCAAACAUCAUGUUUUAGUAUGAAGACUAAUUCUGAUUUCAGAAUAAUAAUUUCUUCAAAUGUUUUAGAUACCAGAAGACUGGUCAUGUUUAUUUUUGGGUUGGUCCUAUUUGCAUUGUCAGAAAAACUUAGUCAUAAUUCCUUAUUUUAUUAUUUAUGUGGAAUAUGUAUUGGUGUUAGUGCCUCAUUUCUAGUUAUUAUAUUCUUUAUUAGUCGUUUAAUACCCAAGAAAAAAAUGAUGUUGGGAUUCUUAGGUGCUAGUUGUACUUUGAGUUUAUAUGGAAUUCAAAUGUUAAUUGAAAAUCUUAAUUUCAUUUUAUUAAUGUACUAUCAAUAUGUCAUUGCAUACAUAUUGUUUGCUAUUUUUAUAAGUUUUGUAGUUUGCUACAGAUAUGGACCUGUUACUAAUCCUAGAUCGAUGGACAUUAUAAGAUGGACUUUACAAGGAUUUGGAUUAUCUAUGGUUACUAUGUGCAGUUAUCAUUUAGAGGCAAUGGUUUUGGUUGAUGUUUUGAGCAUUUUUAUCUACUACAAAAAGGUAAAAUUUCCUUUGAAAUUAUUCUCCAAUAGCAAGCCUAAACUGAGCUUAUUAACUGAAGAUGAAUAUAUUCAACAAGGGAUGUCUGAAACACCAAAAGCUCUUGAAGAUUUACGCAAAUAUUGUAGAAGCCCAAACUGUGACGCUUGGAAAGUUAUGAGCAAGCUUCGAGACCCUAAAAUGUUUGCUGAAUUUAUUGAAACUUCAGUACAUGUAAGUGAUGAAGCAAUUGAAGAACAUGAAAAUGAAAUUAAAGACGAUUCUGAAAGUGAAAUUGAUGAUAGUUCUAUGGAAGGCAUAGAAGAAAUUAAUUACACAAGUGACAGUGAAAAAGAAUAAAAUGAUAUCCAGUUUUAGUUAGUCUAGUUAUUAAAAAAAACAUAUUGUAAUUACUUUAUUGUGUGCAUAAUUAUUUAUAACUAUAAGUGUUUUUUUUUUAAUGUCAAAGGAGUGAAUUUUUUUGUAUGUUGGCUGAAAUGUAAAUAGAAUUUUUUUUAUAAUUA